AUGGAAUGGUCACCAAUGAAACAAUUUGUUGAUGGCAAAACAUGGCUUGUACAAUCACGUCAAAUUCAACCAACACCACCAUUAUUUAAUGUUACACGAAAUGAUACUCAUUUACGAAUUGAUACUGAUUUUAUUACAUUAGAAUAUUUACGAAAUGCUACAACAACAUUCAGUCAACAUAAUAUACGUAUUACUAUUCGUGUUAAUAUUGAUAAAGGAGAAACAGUUAUUUGGAAUGCCAUACCAGGAGAAGAAUAUGAUGGAAAUCUUUUAGGUACGUUACGUACAUUAGAUGGAAAUCAUGAUUCAAAACUCGAAUUAGAUUGUCGGAAACAAUCACGCGAUGAUCUUCAUUGUACUUAUGGUGUUAUUUCUCGUCGUGGUUAUGCUCUUGUCGAUGAUACACAUCAACCACAACUUGAUAAUGAUACUCAAUGGCCAUGGAUUAUUAACAAACGAUAUCCAAUACCUGAUCCUACACUUUGUCAAGCAGUAACAGUUGGAGAACGUCGAAAUUGUGGACCAUCAAAUAAUACAGAUCAACAUGAAUGUGAACUUCGUGGAUGUUGUUUUCAAGCACCAUCAUCAUGUUUUUAUUCAUCACAAGCUCAACAAGAUUUGUAUUUAUUUGGACAUGGUCGAUCUUAUUCACAAGCUUUAUUUGAAUUUACACGUCUUGCUGGAUCAAUUCCACUUCCACCUCGUUAUAUCUUCGGAGUAUUUUUUAGUCGUUAUUGGGCUUAUGCUGAAUAUGAAGAAAGACAAAUUAUUACUGAAUAUAUUCAACAUGAUGUUCCAUUAGAUGUUCUUGUUACAGAUAUGGAUUGGCAUAUCACAUUUUAUAAAUUACUUUCAAAUGGUACAAGAGAUCAAGCAGGACAAAGUAUUGGUUGGACAGGAUUUACAUUUGAUGAACAUCUUUUUCCAAAUCAUCAAAAAUUUCUUCAAUGGUGCAAACAAUUGGGUUUAAGAAAUACUUUGAAUCUUCAUCCAGCAUCAGGUAUUCAACCAUGGGAAGAAAAGUAUAAAGAUAUGGCUGAAGCUAUGGGAAUUGAUCCUACAACAGGUCACUAUGUGCCAUUUAAUGUCACCGAUAGAAAUUAUACAUCAUCCUGGCUUAAUAUUGUUCUUCAUGCAUUUCAAGAAGCUGGUAUUGAUUUAUGGUGGUUAGAUUGGCAACAAGGUGAAGAAGGUUGGAUGAAUGAUAUUCCAUAUGCGAAUCCAACAUUUUGGUUAAAUCAUGUCUUUUUUACCGAUCCUUAUUUUGGAAAUAAUCGUCCGGCUCUUCUACAUCGUUGGGGUGGUCUUGGUAAUCAUCGUUAUCAAGUGGGCUUUUCUGGUGAUGUAGUACCAUCAUGGGAUACACUUUCAUUUCAACCACGAUUUACUGCUACUGCAGCUAAUGUUGGCUAUGGAUUUUGGAGUCAUGAUCUUGGUGGACAUACGGAAGAACCAGAUCCUGAAUUAUAUACUCGAUGGAUUCAAUGGGGAGCAUUUUCACCUAUGUUUAGAACACAUUGUACAAAAAAUUCAAAUAAUGAUCGACGAAUUUGGACAUUUCCUUGGAUCUAUCAAAAUAAUUUAGCUCAAUUUACUCGACUUCGUCAAACACUUAUACCAUAUAUUUAUACAGCUGCAAGACAUACUUAUGAUUCUGGUCUUUCAGUUGUUUUACCUCUUUAUUAUCUUUAUCCAGAACAUGAUGAAGCUUAUUCAUAUUCAAAUCAAUAUUUUUUUGGUUCAAAUAUUUUUGUUUCACCAAUUAGUCAACCAAUUGAUACAAAGACAGGUCUUGUAGAAAAUUGGCCUAUUUGGUUUCCACCUGAUUCUCAAUGGGUAAACUUCUUUACUGGUGAUCUUUCUUCUUCUUCUUCUUCUACGACAAACUCUUUUACUCUUGAUGAAAUGCCAGUCUAUGCACAAGCUGGUUCUAUUAUUCCACUUUUACCAGAACCAAGAUCAGGCCGAGAACGAAUUGGUCGAGCUCAACAAAUUCCACAAUCUCUUCUUUUAUAUACUCUUAUUGGUGGAUCAUUGAAAGGAAGUGGAUAUGUUUAUGAUGAUGAUGGAACAACAAGAGCAUAUCAAGAUUCUUCUCAUGCAACAAGUACUAUCACUUAUUUUGAAUAUACUGUUUCAGACAAUACAUUACAAUUCAGUGUAUCUGCAGCAACAAGUUCCUUUUCAAGUUUUCCAACAUCACGUACAUAUGAAAUCCAACUUCGAGGUAUUUUUUCUACGAAUAAUGUUCUUCUCAAUAAUGUUACAAUACCUUUUGAACCAUUCAAUGAAUUAAUUCAUGGUCAAGAUGGAACAACAAAUGGUUAUACUUAUGAUGGAUCAACACUUUCAAUAAUUAUCUAUAUUCGACAACCUAUGUCAACAUCACAAUCAUUUGAAAUUCAGAUUCAAUUAUUAGAAAGUAUAACUCAUCCAUAUCUUGUUCAAGUUCCAACAUCUUUUGUUGGUCUUCUUGCUUGA